CAUUUAUCCAAGCGGGCCAUUCAGCACGCACAGCAAAAGUGGCCACACACACACACACACACACGCAUGUCAGUCAAGCUCGUUCACUCACUCGGCAGUCUUGUUGAUAAACAGCAUCCAUCCAUCCAUCAACUGGUUGGUCACCCCGCGCCCAGAGUUAACCAGAGAUGUGUGAAUCAAAGGACGAGCAACACACACAUGCACACACAGAGAUACCCUGACUGAUUAAGCAGCUCAGCCUGGCUGAGAAAGGAAGCCUCUCCUCCCAUCUGCCCACGAGAGAGAGAUGGAUGACCCGGCCACCCACAGUCUGUCAGCUAGUAGAAGACCUCGGGAGCCAUCCAGUGGAUGAGGUUAAGCACCCCAAAGAAAAUGAGCCCCCCGAAGGCCGUGCACAGCCUUGGCGUCACGCCGUAGAGCGAGAUGCCGUUGAUGCAGGCAACCAUGUAGAGGGGCUGGGUGCCAAACAGCAUCGGCCGGCUCACGUUGAAAUGCACCAGCACACGAGAGAAGAGCAACGAGUAGAGCCAGUAGAUGACCCCCACCCCGCAGUAGAGGAAGAAUGACAGCGGAAUCAAAACUGUCGACUGCACCAGGAUCGCCCAGAAGGGUAUCAUGUCGUACUGCGGAGCCAGCAGCGACUCCUGCACAAACAGCACCCGCGACACCAGCUCGUCGACCCACCCUCUCUCCCCCACACCCACAGCCGGCCCCCUAUCCACACCCACCAUCUCCCACUCCCCCACAGGACCAAAAAAAUCCUCAGAUAUCCCUGUCGUUGGGCCGUCAGCCGACAUACCGAUCAGGUAGCCGUGCAGCAGGAUGCCAGCGACCAGGAAGGUCAUGUAGCUGACCAGCAGGAACAGCACGCCCCAGAAGGGCAUGUGGCUCCACAAUGACGGCCGCCUCACCAGCCCAAGCGCUCUGUGCAAGGGCAGGGGACGCUCCUCAUAGGCUGCGUGAGUGAGGGGCCGGGGGAAGUGCCCGAUGCCGCUGCUGAUGCGCUGGGUGUUGGUCGACCGGUAUGCUGUGUGGCGGUGAGGGGCCUCCUGCUGGUGUGCAGGGAGGGGGAAGGGCCACAUGCGUGUGGACAGCCGGGGGGCGGCGCUGGCGCUUGUCUUGCCGAACGGCCAGAUCCGGCCCUGCUGGUCGAUGAUGAAAGUCGAGUAGCACGACGCGCUCACGUGGGCCGCACGGAUGCCCUGCAAUACAUACAUCACGUCACACCGACAGACAAAAUGAGCGCCAGAUCCAUGUGCAGUGAGUGCACCCAUUCGCCAAUCCAGCCACCCACGCACGCACCUGUCUGGAGAGCGCGGUGUUCUGUGAGAACCGGUCGACGCCCUCGGGUAUCUUGAACCCCAUGCCGUAGGCGUUGUUCCGGCCCUGGUUGACGGCUUCUGCACCUAUGCCGUCGUCGAGCUGGUGUGCCGACACCACCCCCAGUUGGCCCUCAGUGUUGCGCCCCCACACGAGCACCCGACCGUCGCGCGUCUGGAUGACGGCGUGUGAGUGGCCGGUGUGGUGCGUCACCUCCUGCCGCAUCAGCAGGUGGAAGGCAAAGGACGGAAGGGACCACGCAGGCGAGCAGCUGAUGCGCUCGACCUCCACGUGACCCAAUCUGCACACAGGACACACACACACACACACACACAUACCCAUUUCACUCCAUUUGUGUGUGUGUUACCCACCUGUUAGGCAUUCUGAGGCUACAUGGCGCCCAGGACAGUUGCCCGCUGCUCGUGAGAGCCGCAUGUGGUAUCGUCCGCCGGAAGUGCCACCCGAACAUGUAGGCGUGGCCGGCAUCAUCUACGGCGAAGAAGCCCCUGGGCGCCCUCGCACUCACGUCCACCACCCGCACGCCACUGAGUGCCGUCACCUCACACGCCUGGACGAUCGGCAGCGUGGCCCAGUGAGGCCCGGGAAUGAAGGACGGCGCCUCCCGACUACUGGCGAAGGGCGUGGUGGGCGGCAGGAGGACCUCCCUCUCGGGCCUGAGCAGCGCGCCGGGCUUCAUGGGCGUGGGUUUAUGGCCGAGGCUCUCCUGGAUGAAUGAGCUCAUGCCGUGGAACAGGAGGGCCUCCUGCUGCACUCGAGUACUGAGCAUCGCCCGGGGCACCAGCAGCCACGACGCAUCGGGGAACAGGCAGGCGCGCCCAUCCGUCGACCGGGCGAUGUGUGCCACACUCCCAGCCGCUAUCUGGGCCACGCCGGCCUCGAGGCCGCAGACGGCCACCUGGUACCCGGCCAUAACGGCCAUCCCCAAUUCGUCGGUGUGGAAGGGGUUGGCCACCAUCAGCACCCCGCCCCUGGCCGUGCGCAGGACCAGUGUGUGCCACGGGUUGCAAGCGAACUCAGCCUGCACGAUCCGCACCACCUCCACAUCGCCAUCGUCGACCCACUCGUCCGCGGCCGCCGGUGCUGCCGCUGCUGCUGCUGAUGCUGCUGAUGCUGCCGGGCGCGGUAUCAACGGGUCAGAGGGGCGUGACUCAAUCGGGUCACUCUCCUCCUCUCGUGCCUUGGUCGUAAACAGGGUCCAUGAGCGCUGGGGGGUCCGGUGCGGUGUCGGUGUGGGCGGGGGGCCUGGGGAGGUCUGGGGUGGGAUGGGAGCGACAGGGGAUGGAGGGUGGCUGUCAGUGACCACGGGGACGUCAGGCCUGAGGUAAUGCAGCGCCCGUCUGGGGUUGAGCAGCCGGUCCGGCCGCAGGAGGAAGAAGAAGUCCCUCAGCUGCUUCGACACCCACACGCACCCGUCGGUCGUCACCAGCGCCACAUACUCGGCGGAGUUCAUGCCGAUGCUCAUCGACAGACUCGCUAUCGCCGGCCGGUCGAUGGGGCGGGGGAUGGACAAUGGCACGCUGUUUGAACGUGCGGCUGGUUUGAACAGCGUCAGUCGCCGUGGGGGCGGGGGCGGCUGCAGCAGGGCGGAGGGAGGGGUGAGGGGGAGGAUGUUGGAUGGGCGCAGGGGGAUGUCCACGCGAGUGGGGCCGCCCCCAGUACAGGCAUAGAGGGACCCUCUGCGCAGGAUCAGUGUGACGCCGCCGACGUUCUUGACGAGCACGACGGGAUCGGCUCGGCCUCGCCUCGCAUGAACAGCCGAUCUCUUGGGGGACGCGUCGCCGCCCCUGAGCGGGCUGUCGGAGAGAGCGGUACCCAUCCUCUCGCGAUAGCACUCACGGACCUCCAUGAAGUGCAGCAGACGCAGCCCCUCGCCCGUCUCCUUUGUGGCGGGCGACACGGGUUCCUCGGCCUCAUCUCCACCGGCAUCCACCGUAGGGGGGCGUCUCCUGCAGCAUCUCGGAAAGUGGCGCCUUGAGGUUGGCCGUGUUGCUUCGGGGGACUCGUCAUCAGGCAAAGGGGGAGGAGAUCCGGAGGAAGCAGCGGCGUGCUGCUGCUGCUGCUGCUGGUGGUCAUGGUGGUCUGGUGCUUGUGCCGCCGACGACUCCCCUCCGACGUGUGCAACGGCAGCAAGGGAGGUUGAAGGCGACAGCACGUCAGGCGACGACAAGACAGAAAGCUGCGGCUCGCUGGUCAGCACGCCAGCUCCACCCUCCACCACACCCAGCCUGGGCCCUCGCGGUUCAUCCCCCGAUGAGUGACCCUGGCACUCGCCCUGCCUCCAUGGCGCACACCGCCUCAUCUCCGCCCGGGCGGCCUCACCCAGCCGCUGCCUCGCCAGCCCCUCAACCUCUAUUGGGGCAUGGAGCAACUUCUUCCAGUAGUGGGCAGUCUCGGUCAGGCUCAAGAGGUCGGGGACCACGUCGAGGAAUGACGCGAUCUUGAUCAGGAGGCUGGAGGGCAGCUCAGACAGCUGAGCUGACGUGAGCCCCUCGCUCCUGAGUGGCCGGAGGGUCGGUGUGGGCGCGGGGGUGGGCUGGGAGGCCGCAGCCCGGCGCCUGGUGCAAGCGGGCCGGGUGAGUUUGCGGCCUGUGCACCGGAGGUGGUCUGGGAAAGGGUGGAGAGCGAAGAUCUGCCGCAUGUCAUUCCACAGGGAACGAAGCGACCGCUGCACAAGGAAAAAGCACAUGAGACCAAAGAAAGGAGACAGUCGUUGCUGUCUGUCGCUUCGACCCCUCUCGUGGAUGUGAGAACGUGUGGAUCGGAUCACUGACCUUGGCCAUGACAACGCAUCCCAGCCCCAAGACACUCCUGACGAUCCACCCGACUGGCGAGUUCAUGACGAUGAUCAGCCAGAAUGACACGGCCCGCGCCAUGAGCACCCACCACAUGCCAUCGACCUCCACUCCAUCCCGCCCGUCGAAGAGUCUGCUCCAGACGUCGCUGCUGUCGCUGCUGCCCCCGUGCGCCGCCUGGUCGGUCAUCAUGAUGAGGUCGCGGACCACUCCCCAGCCCUCCGAGCACACUAUCCACGAGACCACCGUCAUGAGCACCCAUGGGAAGCUCACUGGCGCCAGCAGCAGGAAGGCCGACACCAGCAGCAGCUGCCCCAGCGGCCAUGACGACAUGGCCUCCUCCCUCAGGCUCGUAAUGGCGUGCAGGAUCGAGUCCAUCCGCUGCUCGGUGCGGCCCAGACGGGCAGAGACGUCCUCUAUGAAGCUGUCGAUGAGCUGUAGAAGAGGGGACGGUCGGGCGGGUGAGGGUGAGGGUGAGGGUGAGGGGGAGGGUGAGGGUGAGGGGGGGACAGUGGCCUUUGGGCGGGGAGGGAUCGGUCGUGAGUAGAGAGAGGCGAGAAGGUCGGUCGUGUUCUGGUGGAUCUCCGUCGCCAGCGUCGAGUUCAUCCAAAAGGCCGACUGAAAGAAGAGCCACACACACACACAGACACACGCCUCCGUGCACCAGGAAGAGGACGGUGUUUCUGUGUUUGUGUUCCCGCCACCGUGCUGUGCCGUGCUUACCCUGAGAGAUAGCGCGAAGGCGGCCUUGACAUAGAGAGUGAACGUCCUCCUCCUCAGUGACGGGUCAUCCGCCCCACGCCCCGCCCGCCACUGCUCCAUCAAGCUGCCCGCCUUGGUCAGCAGCAAGUCACCCGCCUCAUACGUAUAACACGACACAAACUCGUCGAAGAGCACCGCCAGGUCGAUGGACUGCUGCGGCGUGGGUGCCUUCCAUGGGUCCUCGCUGAGGUCUCGCAGGUCCUUCAUGAGGGUGUAUGCCCGGUUGAUGACGCCGAGCAGCCUGCCUGCCCCUGGAGCUCCCUCGCGCCGGUCCUUGAUGACCUGCCACCGCAGACUGCCCUCGCGGCCAACGCUGCCGUCCUGGGCGUCGCACGAGGGCGACAGCACCGACACGAAGGUGAGGAGUGAAGAUGACAGGAGCGCUGAGGCCACGUAGAGCAAGCAAACCGCCGCCACGCCGGCCAAACAGGCGCGGACCAAAACGCAUAAGCGCCGGGAAAAAGCCAUCGCCAUCGAACCAAAAUCCGCAAACUACUCAAACCGUCACAUAGUUGUGUCCUUGCC